AUGCCUGCCUCAUACUCUAACCUAAUCUCCAAGAGCUCGCAAGUGCCCACGUAUGCUCUCCACUCCAUCCUCUCAAAGAACCAAGAAACUGGGCAGCUCCCCGCUGCCCCUGUGCAAACCGACAAACCUCGUACUGGCCUCGUCUCUCAAAACUCCAGAGCACUCGCGAGCUUACGGGUCAGAAUGACCAGCCAACCCAGCUCCGAGCCCUCGGCACCUCCAGCACAAUCACUUCCCGCAGGUCCGUCUCCGCACGACACCUCAACCCCAGAGAUAGGUGCUUUACAUCUCCUGCCGGCCUCACACCCCAACGAUAACCAUGCAGCAACUCGUAACGUACGGCUAGCUGCCAUCGCCCACUCUUUCGGCACAUCGAAACCUUGUCGCGCUAAGCUCGGGAAUAACAUCCGUCCAUCCCCGUAUCGGCCUCCCGUCCCCGCUACCCAUCGCUUCCUCGCAUGGUGCACACCAUUCAGCACUUCACAGCAAUCAUAUCGUGCCCAUAUUCUGCUCGAAGACCAAGCCCUCGCGCUGGCAGAGAUCAACAAUGGGGUCACGGAGAACACUCUAUCGACUUAUGCUGCUGGGCCCCUGCAAUUCACUCAGUGGUGUGAUGAUAGGAAUAUCCCCGAAGAGUUUCGCAUGCCGGCGGACCCCUUCUUGCUUGCUUGCUUCAUCUCCUCAGCCGCCGGUAAAACUUCAGGCUCUUGCGCCAAGAACUGGCUUAACAGGCUCGCCUACUGGCACCACAUCAACCUUGCGCCUUGGCACGGUGACGUGGAAUGUGUAUCCAAAGUUGUUCGCUCAGUGGCCAAGAAAGGCACGGAGUUCAAACGCCCACCGCGGGGUCCGGUCCCCCUCGAGCAUUUAUGCGCACUCCGACAACGACUUGUCAUUUCAAGACCCCGCGACGUGGCAUUCUGGGCCCUCGCUUUGUGCUGCUUCUGGGGCUGUCAUCGACUGGGAGAGCUCACCCUGGAGACAAAGAAGUCCUUCAAGGCCAUUCACGACGUCUCACGUUCGACAACCAUCUCGCGUUCACAACAGGCAGGCCGUGAUGUGGUGUCUUUGCAUCUCCCAUGGACGAAGACAACUGGUACUCGAGACCUGUGCCCUGUUAAAGCCCUCGAUAACCACCUGCACAUAAACCACUCCCCGGACCAUAACACUCCAUUCUUCGCUUACUGCGACGGCAACUGCUGGUCCCCGACAAUCAAAACCGACUUCCUCGUUUUCAUUUCUUCCAUAUUCUGA